AAAGUAGAUGCAUCAGACUGUUCCCUAGAGAAAGGUUUGCCAUGGAGUCGUAUAUUGUAACUGAGCUGAAGUUCACUCAUCGAUAAGUUGUGCCCAAGGAAUCGAAUUCCUUCCAGUCCUUCUAAGCAGUCCAGGGAAACCAAUUUAAAAGCGAACACAACAAAACUAACAGACCGGCAAAAUCUAUCUUUGAAGCGCCGCGGGAGGCACAAUUUGGGAACAGGUGAGGCCAUGCUGGGUGGGUGAGGCCCCCCUCUCUCCUGCUUGGUGUCCCGCUUUCAGCCAACCCACCCCAGGAGUACCCUGGGAUCUCCUCGCCCCCUGCCAGGCGGAGAACGCGGAGCCCAGCGGGCACGCGGGAAUGGAGCUAGGCGCCGGCAGGGCAACUGGGCAUGCUCAGAAGCCGGGCAGGUUUGGGUCUCCAGCAGGCAGCCUGUGCAUUACACCAGCUCUCUCAGUCCGGGGAGGAGGAGGAGCAGGAGGAACGCGAGGAGGAAGGAGAGGAGGAGCGGCCAGCAGUAGCCACGACCGCCACCACCAGGCAGAGGAAGAGUUCGUGGGGAGGAAAAGACCUCUCCUCCCCCUUGGAGCGCCUUAUCUCUGCUUUUGGAGAAAGGGAAUACACGAUAAAGAAGGAGACGGAAAGAAGAGAAAAAGUGAGGCGGGAGACAGAGGGAAAAGGGCGUGAACAGAAAGGGCCGGAGCGUGCAGGGGAGCACAGGGCGCGGGGGCGGCACUGCCGAGCCGGGAGCGCUGCCGCUUGGGCAGGUGCCGCGGCCGCUGCCCGGAGGCGGCAUGUGACGCGCGGCCGCAGCUGCCCGCGGGCGGAGCGCUCUCAGACCCCGGAGCGCACACCGCGGGGCCAUCGGUGCCAUCGCGGAUCUUCAGGCUCCUCAUCAGUCCGCCGGGGCGGCAGCAGCGCUUCUGGGAAGACGGGCGAUGAACCGAAGGGCGGCUCCGGGCAGGGGGGCGCGAUCUUAAGGACAGUCGCUCCCUGAACGCUGAGCCGGAGGAGACGAAGGGAAGGUGGAGCGGACGCCACCCGCGCACCGGGCAGGCGCGGAGACCGGCGUGGGACAGCCACCUGGAGCGCAGCUGCCAGAAAGAAGGACUUUGCUGCUUUGGGCCAGGCUCUGAACUUAGGUGUAAACCAUUGCCCUGACAGAGGGAACCUACCCAGUCCAUUGCUGCCUGCAACAAGAUAUGAACAGUAAUGGCACAUAUUUUGGUUAUGAGUCACUCAGUGGACUGUGGAUUGAAUGAACUGUAUCCAUCCCCAUCAUGAUGUACAGAACCAAGUCUCUUCACUACACUUGUGUUCUGAUUAGUGGCCAAAUAAAUGACAGUCAGAACUUCAGCUAAGGUACAAUAAGAAACGAGAGAGAGAAAGGAAUAAAGAUAAAUAGAGAGCAAAAGCAAGAACAAACGAAAGAAAGAAAGAAAGAAAGAAAGAAAGAAAGAAAGAAAAGAAAGAAGAAAAGAAAAGAGAAAAAAAAGAACAGAAAAGAAAAAGAGAAAACAGAUCUGAUUUGGGAAAAUCAGUUUAUAUUGGAAUUGCCUAUGAAAGCUGCCAAAGGAAAUAUUAAUUCUGAGCAUCUUCUUUUCUUUUUUUUUUUGAAAUAAAAGUUUAGAACUAAUGGUCAAAAUAUGGUCACCAAAACUCAGCUUUUACCUAACAAUCAUAGAAUUAAGUAUUCUCCGCCUAACAAUCUUCAUUAAUUCACUCUUGUUGACUUGGUUCAGAAAAAAAAAAUACAGGUUAAAAACUAAGUCAUAUAAUGAAAUUUCUUUCUGAAGAAAGUUAUACAAGGCAUUGAGUAAGGCACGGAGCUGACUUGGGGGAUGGGGGAGCUGGAUAAUGGAAAAAUCUUUUGGCUGGAAAAUAAGAGACUGGAAAUGCAGGGGAUAGCCUAGCAAUUUUUGGCAUUAUAAAAAGCCAUUUCACCUCUCUGGACCUUUGCUGCUUAUUUGUAAAUUGAAGGUAUAAGUUAUUCUGAUAUGCUGUUAGUACAAAAUAAUAGCUUACCUCCUUGGGUCUCCAUUGCUAAUGCAGGGAAAUACUCUGAUAUCUAUUCAAAGCUACAGUUUUUAUUUCUGGCCAUUGAACCUAAGAGUGACCAGUUAUUUUCCUUUUCCUUCUAUUUCUUACAAAUACAUCCUGAAUCCCUUGUCUCUUUUGUUAUGACUCUACUCCAAGUCAUCAUCUUGUCUUGCCUGGACAAUCGCAUUAGCUUCAUGUUAGUCAACAUGGCUUUCAUUCUUACCAUACAAAAUUACAUUCUGUCACAGCCAGCGUCUGCUUUGGGAAACCUCCAUCAGAUCUUGUUAUUCUCCUAUUUGAGACCUUCUCAAAAUCCUUCAACUCCCUCCCCUACAUUUAGAAUCAAAUCCAAAUGCAUUAACAUGACUUAUAAAUCUGAUAUGAUCUGGUUUCUACUUGUACUUUUCUCUCUUGCUUCCUACACUCCAAGCCUCCCUGUCUUUAUUUAUUGAAUGUUUCUCUUUGUUCUUUGCCCUCAGGGGCCUGGCACUGAUCCCCUGGCUCUUCUUACUACUUGACCCUUCCAGUCAAAUCUCAACUGCCAAGACCUCUCCUAACCGCUCUCUAAAUAACCACUGUCCUGGACACCCAGGUUUAAUUCCCUUUAAAGACUGGAAGUUUUAUUUCUUAAGGCAUAUGAAAAUAACCGCUUAUGGACAAAAUACUUACAUAUGUAACUUAAGGGACUUAGGUAAGACAUGACGAAUUCUGUCGCACCUGUUUAUAUUUUGUCGUUUAUCUCCCAUUAUAAUAUGAUCUAAGCCCCAUGAGGGCAGGGCCUUGUCUGUUUCCUUCACUGCCAAAACCACCAUACUUAUAAUGAUGCCUGCCCCCUGCAAGAGGCUUAGUAAAUGUUUGUUGAGUAAAUGAAUAUAGAGUCAGAAAAUGCCCUACGUUAAAUAUCUUAAAAGAAAUUAAGCAAUUCUUAUAGAUGUCCCCAACGUGUCUUUUGCUUAGAUGGGAAGAAAAAGAAAAAAAAAAACAAACAGAGAAAAA